AUGGUGAUGACUGGAUUAGAGAAGAAAAUAUUUAAGAAAGAUAUCAAUGGGAAAGGAUGUAUUGUUAUUAACUUAAACAGUGGCAUAUGCUCCAUUUUAUUUUCUGUGGGUGGAGCCCAAGCUUUUUAUGUUCCCUUUUUAUUUUUUGAUCGUUUGGAGAGGGCAAGAGUAAACAUAGCUGAGUGGUGGACAAUCAAUUCAGCUAGGGUUCCGAAGCUUCGUUGCAGCAUUAAAUUACACAGAUCACGCAUUGAUGUCAUCUGGAAGGUUGUGGUGAUUGUCUACGACACUGUAUGCAUACUUGCUUCUCACCAUAUAGGAUCUGACUUUUUACCCUUUAGUGUUACUUUUUCAAUAUAA